AUGCGUCCGUUAAAUCAUCAAGACAACUCGGAACCAACAAAUAACAACACCAAACAAACGUUUGAAAUGAAUAGUAAUAAUCAAAGCUAUUCGGCAACUAAUAGUGGAUCAUCAAUGAAUUUCCUUUCAAAUUUAGGUAAUGAUAAUACAAGUAGUGGAAAUAAUGGUGGAUUUUUAUCAUCACUCGGAAAGUCUUUAGGAAAUUCUGCUUCUGGUUGGGAAACUGUUCAAGAUCCAUCGAUUUCUUCUGUAAAUAAUCAACAACCUGCAAUGAAUCCUGUAAAUCAACAAUUAAUGAUGAAUAAUCACAAUCCAAGUCUUCAACAAAUAUUAAUGCAGCAACAAUUAUUGGGAGGAAUGAAUCCAAACAGUUUCGGAUUGCUUUUCCAACAAAGACAACAAGAAUAUUUGAAUUUUGUAAAUAAUAAUAGAGGAUUUAUUCCAAAUCAAAAUAUUAAUUUAUCAACUAAUGUUAUUAAUGGCCAAUCGAGUAGUAGCAGUAGUAAUGGUUCAGAAGGUAACGAAAAGACUGGCUCACCAAAUCAAACAGCUGCAACAGACGAUAAUACUGAAUUCUUUCCAAUUGCCUGUGAGCCUUGUAGAAAGCAGCAUCGAAAAUGUGAUAAGAAAUUGCCAUGUUGUACAGCAUGUACACAACGAUCUGUGGAAUGUAUUUAUAGAGAAUCAAAGAGGAAUGCAAUCAAGGGAACUGAGGAAAAAAAGAAGAGAAAGAAAAAGAAAGGAGUUACCUCAUUCAAACCAAAGGAUGGUGUAGUUUCGAAUGAUCCAAAAUUCAAACCAUACCAUUCAACCACCAACAAUAAUAUUGCAGAAAAAAAUAGUGAUUCCGAUAGUGAUAAUGUGGAAGAAGUUGGUCAUCUCAGUAAGAGAAAUGUGAUUGACUUUUAUUUUGAUAUUGCAUGUGAUGGAUGUCCAUUGGUGAGCAAGGAAGAAUUGGAAAAUUACAUUACAACACCAAAUGAUAUCGAAGGAGAAAAGAGCAACAAGAAGGAAAUGUUCCCUCUCUUCUUAUCGGUGAGAGCAUUGUGUGAAUGUAGAUAUGGACUCGCUGAGCUAGCAGAAAAGACAGCUCAAAGAGCCAAAAAGGCACUUUCUAAAAUGUUUGACCAAAUUCAAAGCUAUCAUAUUGCAGCAACUUAUGGUAAUUUGGCCUCGUAUGAAGGCUGGGUUGGAAGAUACGAAAAUGCAAAAUUCUACAUGCAAAUUCUCCAGUACUAUGUCAAGACGCAACUCAGUGGCGAGGAGAAGAGAGCUACUAUGACAGACUGUGAGAGAAAUUUGGAAAAUCUUGUAUUUUAUUUUAACAAUGUAUUGGGAGAUGAUUUGAAUCGUUUGGACUUGAAAGAAUUCCUCAGAAGAUUGCCUGAUAUUUAUAGCUUCUUUACAAUGGAUAAAUUUCCAGAGGAAUGGAUCGGUGUAGUGACUAGAGAAGUUAAUAGUGAAAAUUGUUUUGAAAUUUGGAGUGUUGUCCAAAUGUGUGUGGAGAAUAUCAAAAAGGUGGCCAAAGGAUUGAUAGACACUCCAACAAAGAGUCCUGCUCUUGCAUGUUUUUCAUAUGGACCUGAGUAUGAAGAACUAGUUGAUCCAAUAUUUACUCUAAUUGCAAACUCACUGAGAAUUUCAAUUCUAUCUAAAUCACACAAUCCAACUGUUAGGGAUAUUAUGGAGAAGGCAGCUUUGGAAAUUACAGAAAUAACGCAACAUGCUUGGUUUCCACUCUUCCCUAUAGAAACUCUUGUCUGUGUAGCCAAGGCAACCAAUGUGCAUUUACAAAUUGUCAAAACACUAAUUUCAAGCCAAAGUACAGAUUUCAGAUAUAACGGAAUUGAUUAUUUCGAUAUUCUUGAGAAGGAUAUGAGAGCUUUUAAUUUGAUGAAAAAACGAUACAAGUUUGUUGAGCUUUUCUUUAAGGACCUUCUUGCAGACAUGGAACAAUACUUGUCUCUGAUAAGAGUUAGACGUGUUGUGAGUGUACAACCUACUCCUAUUGACAUUCCACUAAAUACACAACUGAAUAUUGAAGUUACACCUACUCAACCAGAAGACUACUCGUCUGUUGGUAUUACAGGAUUUGAGAAUCCACUAUUUUGGGAGAGUAGUUCCUUUUUAUCAGAACAAGAUCUUUCUGGAAUAUUUACAAGGGAGUUUGAGUAA